AUGGAUUCAACAUUAUUCGAACAAUUUCUUGGACUAUCAUCAACUCAUUUUCAAUUACCACCAUUAAUUGAAGAAGAAAAUGAUGAUGAACUUUAUCCUUUAAUUAAUAUAGAAUUUUAUCGACUAAAUAAGACGAAAAAAUUACUACUAGCUCGUCCGAAAUCAUCUGCAAUAAAAUCUCGACGUAAUUCUGACGCUAAUAGUACAACAUCUUCUCGACGACCAAGUGGUAGUAUUCCAACACGAUCUGGCGCUAGUUCAACUUCAGCAGCUGCAGCAAGUGGAGCUGUUGAUGAAGCACUAUUCGAAGAUGCAUUCAAUUCAACACCGGCUAUGUCGCUGUCAUCAGGUAAAGAUGUUGAAAAUCAAUUAACAAGUGUUCGAGAUAUACUUGCUGAUACAAAUAAUGAUUGGGAAAAACGUGUUGAAGCACUUAAACGAUUACGUUCGAUCGUAUCCGGUGGUGGUGAUCAAUAUGAUGAAUUUUUUCGUGCACUUCGUCAAUUAGAUUUACCAUUAGUAACAACUGUAAAAGAUCUACGUUCACAAAUUGUUCGUGAAGCUUGUAUUACAUUAGCAUAUAUGUCUAUGCGUUUAACAAAUCGUUUGGAACGUACAGUUGAAUGUGUCAUACCGGCUAUGAUUAAUCUUAUACAAAAUAGUGCGAAAGUUAUGUCAACAAGUGGAGCUGUUGGAAUACGUUAUAUUGUUUCUCAUACACAAUCAAGUAAACUUAUUCCACUUAUAUUAGAUGGAAUUCAAUCAAAAUCGAAAGAAAUUCGAAGACAUACCUAUGAAUUAUUAGUAAUUUUAUUAUCACAAUGGGAUUUUAUUUAUAUGGAAAAACAUGGUCAAUUAAUGCAUGAUCUCAUAAAAAAAGGUUUAUCUGAUGCUGAUGCUGAAGCAAGAUCAAAUGCACGAAGAGCAUUUGGCUUUUUUCGUGAUCAUUUUCCUAUAUUAGCCGAUGCACUUCUUGCUUCGCUAGAUGCUUCAAAAAAGAAAACUUUAAUGGGUGAAAUGAGUAAUGCAUCAAGUACACAUUCAUUAGCAAGUCUAGGUGGUAGUUCAAGAAUACGUACAUCAAAAGAUUUGACAUCAAGACAAACGCGAACAGAUAAUAAUGAUAAACCAAGUUCAUCAAUUAAUCUAACUCGAUCAUCAAGUGCGAAUGAAUUAGCAUUACGACAAAAAAAUCUAUCAUCAACUAGUUUAAAUUCAUCGGCUGUUCAAGCAAAACCUAAUCGCACUCGAUAUGUUCCUCAACAAGCAAAACCUUCUCCAUCAACAUCAUCACGUCCACCACAAACUGUUUCUCAAUCUCAACCAGGUAGUCGUUCAACAUCACCAAAUUCAUUACGAUUAUCUCAUCAAUUAUCAUCAACAUCACGUACAUCAAUAGGUUCACGUUCUCGAAUACCUAUUGGUUCAAAUGGAGGUUCAAGAAUAUCAAGUCGAGAAUCAAGUCCAGGACGAACAAGAUCAUUUGGAUAUCGAGGACCAGGAAGUGAUUAUGGUGAUCAUGCUGGUCAACGUCGUGUUAGUGGUUCAUGGUAUGGUGAUAGUGGUGAUGAUGCAUCAGAAACAUCGAGUAUAUGUUCAGAACGGUCACUUGAAGAUAUUGCUGAUGUUUUACGUCGAAUGGCAAGUAAUGAAUGGGCUGAACGAAAAGAAAGUUUAGCUAGUUUAUAUCAUAUGAUUCGUGCAGGUCGUACAUUCAGUCCUCCGGAAUUAAAACGUUUAACUGAAUUAUUAACAAAACGUUUUUAUGACCCAAAUUCUCAAGUAUUUGCAUCAUUUCUUGAGGUUUUACCUGGUUUUAUAAUAGCUUAUAAACGUGAAUUAAAUAGUUGGUUAUAUGCAUUAUUAACACGUUUAUUAAUACGUAUGGGUGCUCCUGAUUUACUUGAUUCUGUUUAUAAAAAAUUAAAACAAUGUUUAUCAAUUGUUAAUUCAUCAUUUGAUGUUCACGCACAAUUUACCGUUCUUAUUCGUUUUAUCAAUGAUAAUUCAUCAGCACCAAGUAUUAAAGCGAAAGAAAUUGUUUUACGUUAUUUACAACAAGUUAUACAACAUAUGGAACCUGUUGAUAUAACUAAUAAUACAGACAUUCGAACUUCUUUAUCAAAAAUAAUUAGUUGGGCUAAUGAACCGAAAAGUAUUGAAAUGAGAAAAGCAGCACAAGCAGUUAUCUUUGCUUUACAUAAUCUUAAUCGACCGGAAUUUAGUUUAAUGCUUACUGCUCUACCACAAACUUAUCAAGAUACUGCUGCAAAAAUCAUUCAAUCAACGAGUGAUAUGCAAUCAUCAAAUCAUUCACAACUUGACAAUAAAUAUGAUUUUUUUCGACGACCAAGUUUUUCUGGUUUAACAUCUCCAAUGACAACAUCGAUUCAUUCAGAUAUUCAUCCUCCAACUUAUGCAUCUGAUAUGCGUGUUUUAAUGGAAAAUAUGCAAGCACUAAAUGUUAAUCAUCGACAAGAUGAUUUAUUAAUAAAUUCAGCAUCACUAAAAGAAAAAGAACAUCGUUCAAUGAUUCCAAUUCGUAAUUAUACAUCACAACAUUAUCAUUCAAAUCAAUCACGUACUCAUCCAACAGAAACAUCAGAUAGCAUAUUCGAUGCAGCUGAUCGUCCUGAAGCAAUCGAUAAAGCUCUUAAUAUAGCAAAUGAUAUAACAUCAACCAAAGAUCAACGACAAUAUGCCUUACGUUCUAUAUUAAAAUUUGCUAAAAUCGAUGAUGCUGAAACAUGGGAUUUAGCAUUUAGUAAAACAUUAAAUAUUUUAACACAAAUUCUUGAUAAUCCAAAAGAUGAAACUUUAUAUAAAGUUUAUAGUCUUCGUAUAUUACGUGAAUUAUUAACACAUCAUACAAGUUUAUUUAUGAACUACAUUGAAUUAACUAUAUUUCGAAUAUUAAAAGCUCAAAGUGAACAUGAAAGUGAAAUAACUCGUUCAGCUGAACAAGCCGCACAUGCAGCAGCUGAAUAUUUACCAGCAGAAAAUACAAUUCGUGUACUUAAACCAAUAAUUGAACAAGCAAAAUAUCCAAUGAAUCAAUCGGCUAUAACUAUGUUACAAAAAACAAUUGAACUAAUGAAUAAAGACAUAUGUAUUGAUUUAUUACCUGAAAUGAUUCCACCACUUUUAACCUCUUGGGAUAAUGAAACAUCAAGUGUUAGAAAAGCAGCCGUAUUCUGUUUGGUAUCGAUUUAUUUGGUAGUUGGUGAUGCCCUUCGUACACAUUUACAUAAAUUAAGUGCUAGCAAGCUCAAGUUAUUAAAUGUUUACAUCUCUAAAGCUCAACAACAAACAGCUACAAGUGGCUUAGACAAGUCCACAACAAUGAAUGGAAUUAAUAAUAAUCAAACUUCCUAA